AUUUUAACACCUUCCUCAAACCCAUACCUGCAGUUACCUCACUGGCGUUUUCUGUUUUGGCAGAUGCCGAAGUAAAACAAACCUCAACCUUCUUAUUAUUAACCCAAAACCCCGGUUCUGUUCUUCCCAAUAACGGUCGGCGCUAGCAUGUGCUAGCCUGCUAGCUCGCUAACGUGAACCACCUUCGGAUCCGCCAGCGGCACGCAGCAUGAAGCGCACUGGGAGGAGACGGAGCUCUGUGUGGGACUGCUUUGAACAAGUGGGCAACUUCGUCCGCUGCAUGAAAUGUGACGCUACUCUGAAGUACUGCGGAGGAGCCACCAGCUCCAUGAUGAACCACAUGAGCAGACACCAUCCGUCCAACGCGCCUCUGGACGAGGACGAGAAGCCGGUGAUCUGUAACGUCCAGUGUCUGGAGGACGAGAGCACGUCUAAUUCAGACAUCAUGCAGGUUGCCAUCAUGUCACCCAACAUAAACAUGACUGCCACCCCUCCUGAGCGGGACUACGGGGAGAGGAAACGCCUGAAGCGGAGCUCAGUCUGGGAUAUUUUCAUCAAAGUGGACGACGAGGUUCAUUGCACGAUGUGCGACACCAAACUGAAGUACAGGAGCAGCACCACCAGCAUGAUGUACCACAUCAAAAACAAGCACCCGGACACCAUACCUAACGACGGCGUGUCGCUGGCGACACACGCAGAGGUGACUGAACUCAUCUCCAGAAUGAUAGAAAAGGACAUGCUUCCCAUCAGCAUGGUCAAUGGUGAUGGUUUUCGUGAGCUACUUGCGUACACUGUGCAUAAUUAUAAAAUGCCAUCUACUGGAGAUAUAACACGCAUUAUUGAAGGCCACUUCCAUGAUAAGGUGGAGGAGCUGGUGGUGCAGCUGGGUAAAGUGGAGAAAGUAGCUCUCACUGCAGAUUUCUGGACAGCGCUCCCAUUUCAGAGGUACAUUACAGUUUCCUGUUCAUUCAUAACAGAAGACUGGCAGGGGAGGUCAGCUGUGCUGCAGACACACAGGCUUUCGUCAGAGGGUCACACAACUACAGACAACGUCACCGAGCGGCUUCUCAGCACCGUGCAGGCCUGGGGUAUUGCUGGGAAAGUGACUGCAUGCAUUCAUAACAACACACAGAACAUCUUGUCGGCCCAAGCGUGUGCCCGCGUCACCUGGGACUAUGCCACUUGCUUUGCCACUACGCUGCAGCUGGCAGUCAGUGAUGGCCUGAGUGAAGAUCUCGUCCGCAUCAUCGUUGCAGCAGGGAAACUCGUGAGGCACUUCAAUCACAACUUGCUGGCGAGUGAAGCUUUGGAGCAGAAGCAAGUCCAGAUGUGCCUGCCGCAGCACAAGCUCAUACAGUCGAGCAAGACCAGAUGGGACACUAUCUGCGACAUGUUUGAACGGCUGCUUGAGCAGCGGUGGGCAAUAAAAGCUGUUCUCUCUGAUCGAACCAUCACCAACAGACAUCAAGCGCAGACUCUUGAGAUUGAAGAUGACUGCUGGCAAAUAAUUGAGAAUUUCACACCUGUGUUGGCGACACUGAAAUGGGCAACAACAGUCAUAUCUGCUGAAACAGAGGUCUCCAUCUCAAACAUCUACCCAAUCACGUUCAGCCUCAUUCAGACUCACCUUGUGCCAAAAGAAAAUGAUGUUGAACAAGUCUCAGAGUUCAAGCUGAAAGUUCAGAAGUCACUUCGAAAUCACAUGGAGGUUGACUCGAAUGAAUUAGCUUCAAAACCAGCCCUGGUCGCCUCUAUGUUGGACCCUCGCCACAAACACCUCAGCUUCCUGACGCCAACUGGGAGACUGGCUGCAAAAGUUAAACUGCAUGAACUGGUUUCAAAAUUAGAUGUAAUAACGACUACUGUGGGCACGAAGGAUGAGCAGCAGGAGACCCUGAUCACGCCUGAUAUUAGCCAGGUGGCUAUGCCCUCUCAAAUGAGAAGUGACACCAAAAACACCAUGGUGUUGCUCCUUGGAGACAACUACAGUUCCUCCUAUGCCACAGACUCCGAGGCUCAGGUAGACUACUACUUGAGAGACAUUGCUCCCUCGCUGGACAUAAACCCUCUUGACUGGUGGCGGGUAAAUGGACCAAGAUUCCCCAAACUGGCCACUCUGGCAAGACACUAUUUGUGUGUACCUGGAGUAUCGCUACCAUCUUUAUUGUCGGAAGCUGGACAAACGUUUGCAACAAUGCGUACGAGAUUGAGCCCAGAGCACGUUGACAUGAUGAUCUUUGUAAACAGAAAUCCAUAACUUGCAUGACCUUACAGGGUAAAGAUGCACACUGGCUUCCUAUAUCAACAACAGAACAAGGUUACUGUAGGGCGGUGGGGAACCAUGGGUGGUGGGUCAAAGAGGUCAAGGAGGAUGGAGAGACAAACAUUAAUGCAGCAGCCACUCUUCUCUUUCGGUAUGUACUAUUUGCUGGUGAUAACAGUGCUAUGAACUAAAAUGUAUUCCAUCAACAAAAAGCUUCAACAUCUUCCCUCAACAGUUGUUGUAAGCUGAGCUGUAGUCAAACAUGUAACCACAUCCAAAUGUAGUUCUGAGUGAUAAAACAGAGCGAUCUGUCUCAUCAAGUCAACAUGAUGGCUGACACGCAGGGCAUUAAGCAGUGGGAAGUGGGAAAACAAUGUCAGUCAUAUUUAAGUAAACAUAUAAUUACACAUUCAACAUCGUGUGUCAGACUGAUCCAAGCAUCGAGAGGAAGAGGCUAACUGUAUCGGGGGAAAAAAGAAGAAAAUGUACUGGUUUGUUCCUAUUACCUUGAUAACAUACUGAAUAACUGUACUAUCAAUACAACUAGUAACUCAAUUACCACACUAAUCACUGUACUCAAACCAGUAUUAAUGUCAUUUCUGUUGUG